CACCCUUACAUUCUCCCUCCCCUUGGGACGCUUCUCAGCUAAGCUUUGAGCCAUGGGUAAAGGUUACAGCCCGAGAAUCGCCUCUAACCCUUACAUCGUAGGCUCCUUUGCAUGCAUCGGCGGCGGUCUCUUCGGACUGGACAUAUCGUCCAUGUCCGGGGUGCUCAAUAACCCCGCGUACGAGGAUACGUUCGGUCACCCCACCUCGAACGUACAGGGCGCUAUUGUCGCCGCGAUGCCUGCGGGUUCGUUCUUCGGCGCGCUCCUCGUAUCCACGCUCGCAGACCGCUUCGGGCGCAAGAACAUCGUCAUCCUUAGCGGCUGGAUCUGGGUCAUUGGGAGUAUCCUCCAAUGUGCUGCUGUGGACCGUGGAAUGCUUGUCGCCGGACGGGUCAUCUCUGGUCUCGCGGUUGGCAUCGCGUCCGCGAUAGUGCCUAUCUACCAGUCUGAGAUCACCGCGCCCGCUAUUCGCGGGCGGCUCGUCUCUAUGCAGCAAUGGUCCAUUACGUGGGGUAUUCUGCUGCAAUACUUUGUUGAGUUUGGUUGCUCGUACAUCAAUGGAAAAGCAUCGUUCCGCAUCCCGUGGGGCCUGCAGAUGAUACCCGCCAUCAUCCUCUCGCUGGGCAUGAUGUUAUUCCCCGAGAGUCCGCGUUGGCUGAUGGACCACGACCGAUCUUCCGAGGCUCUCACGAUCCUCGCAGACUUGCAUGGCGGUGGCGACAUGAACACACCGCUCGUGCAGCUCGAGUACGCGGAGAUCCAAGAGCAGGUGACGUUCGACCGUGAGCAGGGCGCCAAAAGCUACCUCGACCUCUUCAAGCCGGGCAUCUUCCGGCGCGUCGUGCUCGGGUGCUCACUGCAGAUGUGGAGCCAGCUGACGGGCAUGAACAUCAUGAUGUACUACAUCAUCUACGUCUUUGAGGGUGCGGGCCUUACCGGCCGGCGCGGGAACCUGAUUGCAGACUCGAUCCAGUACGUGCUGAACGUCGUGCUCACCGUCCCCGCCAUCAUCUACAUCGACAGGUGGGGCCGCCGGCCCAUGCUGCUCAUCGGGACGCUGCUCAUGGGCUUCUGGCUCAUGCUCGUUGGCGGGCUGCAAGGCCGCUUCGGGCACUGGGGCUCUGUCGACGGCUCUGACACCCCGGUGUGGGUCAUCACGGACAACGAUGCCGCGACAAAGGCGAUCAUCGUGUGCUCGUACUUGUUUGUAUGCAGCUUCGCGAUUACCAUGGGCCCGGUAUCGUGGACCUAUCCGGCUGAGAUCUUCCCCAUGCGCGUGCGUGCGAAGGCAGUCUCUGUCGCGACAGCUUCCAACUGGCUCUUCAACUUCGCGUUAGCAUGGGCCGUUCCGCCCGGCCUCUCAAACAUCGCGUACAAGACGUACUUCAUCUUCGGAACGUUUAACUUUGCCGCCUUCAUCCACAUAUUCUUCAUGUUCCCAGAGACGGCACAACGGUCGCUGGAGGAGGUCGAAGACAUCUUCGCCCAGGGACACAUGUUCACCGCGUGGCGGAUCAAUCGGGACGUGGGCAAGAAGGACGCCAAGGAGGUUCAGCUUGCAAACAAGCAUGAGGUGCACGAGCAGGUGUCGUUGGACGAGAAGGCGUAGGAUCCGCACUGUACAUAUCGCUCCUGGCGAAUUUGAAUGCGACUUAUGAGGUUCAUCGUGCUAC